AUGGAGACCAUUCCUGAGGUCGAGGUCGCGGCUGGCGACGGUGACGAGCAGGAAGAUGAGCCUGAGGUGCCCAUUGUGCGGAAGAGGAGAGCUUCGGAGGCUGCCCAAGAUCCAGAUUUGGACCGAGCUCAAUCAGGGGCAGCAGUCGGCCCCUCUAGCCAAGGCGAGGAGAUGGUAGAGAGGGGAGGACCUGACAUCCGAUCGAUGUUCCCAAGAGGGAAACCAAUCGAGGGUUCCCUCGUCAAGAGGCUUCGACCUUCUUCUAAGAAAACGCCGCCCCCGGUUGCAACCACCUCUCAAUCCUCGGCUAAGGGGAAAAGCUCGGGCCCAGGAGCUGCACCUGCUGCCGGACCUACCGCAACAUUUCCUCGCCCUCCUCCCCCUCCUCCUCCUGCCCGGGAGCUAGUAGCACCGGUUGGUCCCCUAGCUCCGGCUGGUCCCCCAACUCCGGUGGUGCCUGCUGCCACAACCCGUAUCACCGUCAACCCUCAGGAUCUGGAGCUGAUUCCAGACACUUUCCGGGGGACCGUCUACGAGAUGGCGAACUACUCGGUGGUCUUGGCCCUCCACCGCAACAUCUCUCGGGCUAGGUCCAGGAAUGAGGAGAUUAAGGCCGAGCUGACCACGGCCCAAGCUGCUCUCACCGCAUUAGAGCAGAACGAGCAGAUUAUCAGGGCUGCCUUGGCGGUGGCCCAAGCGAGUGAGGGGGAAGCGAAGUCUGCCCUCACUACAGCCCAAGCAGCCGAGCAGGAAGCGAAAGCUGCCCUUGCCGUAGCUCAGGAAGGUGAGCAGGAGGCGAGAGCUACUUCGACAGCUCUUCAGUUCGAGCUUGAGGGGGCCAAGGAAAAGCUGUUGGAAGCCGAGGCGGCCGUCUGGGAGGAGAAGGAAGUGUCGGCAUUCUCCAUGGAGAGUAUGCUAUAUCAUUGCUGGGCCUUCAACCAGGAAGACAACUUCUCAUUCAUGGCCCCCGAUGCAUGGGGACACUACCUGGAGAAGUUCAAGGCUCGGCUAUAG